UCCGUACUGAAGAUGGCAUCUCUUCAGACUAAGCGUUGCGCGUCCGGCUCUUGCUUCAAGGAUGGCACUCUGCAUUGCAGCAAGUGUAAGGUUACCUUCUACUGCAGCAAGGACUGCCAGAAGGAUCACUGGGCCAAGCACAAGAAGCACUGCACUGCUCACACGCCUUUGCCCGAAGGCACUCUUGAGUUUCUGAAGCUCAACCGUGACACUCGCGANAAAGGUGAGCAUCCACUAAUAGUCUACGAGGAUCUCCUCGUCGCUCGCUACACCCCUGAACAGCAGGCUGAGCACGACUCGCUCACCAAUGCCACCGGUGACCGCUUCAGCAUCAGAAACCUGCUCGACCAAGUUGAGGAGCGUUUGAUGAUCAGUCCUGGCACUCCGCUCUGGGGUGUAAAGGGAUACCAGCCUCUCGUCGACGCCAGAGGUCUUCUCAACGCCAACAAGCAGAUCAACGAAGAACUCACCAGCACCCUCUUCACCAAAAACACCUUCAUCAUCCCCGUGGGCGAGAACUUCCGCUAUCAGAUCACUGGCCAACUGUUCAGCUACAAACUUGACCUUUCCUCUCUGGCUCAGAUCAAGCAUUUGGUUAUCAGUGUGUCGACCGACUACGACAUCAAGCAUCCUAGCCACAGCAAUGGUGUUGCUGCGCUGAAGCACAACUUCAACCACAUUGUCAAGAGUCUCAACAUGCUUGGAAACAGUCUGGAGUCACUCAAGAUUCGCUUCAUCAGCUGCUUCCAUGGUAGAGUCGAGGAGAUGCGUGGAGACAUUGAUCCUCUGCUUACCCAGCCUACUGCUCGUCCCGUCCAGGUCAUGCGUAUGGAUAACACUGUGUUCACCUUCACUCAUGACAACGUCAGACGUUUCUACACCUCUGGCUUUGACCUCGGCGACGCCUUCGAGAAGCUGAACAUCCCUGUCAAGAACUUACAAGUCUAUGGCGAUCUCCCCGGCGAAGUCGUCAACCGCCUGAACCUCAAAUUUGGUGUUGCCGCUNNGAAGCAGGAGCUACCCCUGACACCAACAACAACGGCGGUUCUCCACCUGCCACUUCUGUGCCUGCUCCAUCGGCUACCUCUUCUGGCAAGCCCACUGCUCCUCACCGCGAUCCCACUGGCCAGUCUCNNGCAACAACCUUGCUGA